AUGGGCUCUAAGGUUUCUACGCUUCUGCAGCCAGAGGAAGUCGAAGAGAUCCAAGCAGAAACUGGGUUCACACCGAACCAGAUAUACAGAUUGUACAGUAGGUUCACCAGGCUUGAUAAAAAUGGCAAUGGCUAUCUCUGUAAAGAGGACUUUUUUCGAAUCCCUGAGUUAGCCAUCAACCCACUGAGUGAGAGGAUUGUGUAUGCUUUCUUUUCUGAUCAAGGCUUGGAUGACGACCAGAUAAACUUCCGACAAUUCACGAGGGUCCUGGCGAGGUUCCUGCCCGUCAAUGCUAAGGACGGCAACAGGAACAAACUCAACAACAAAACCGACAAACUAAAAUUUGCAUUUCGAAUGUACGAUCUAGACGGCGAUAACAAGAUAUCGAGAGAUGAACUCAUCAACAUCUUGCACAUGAUGGUCGGAGCCAAUAUAUCUGAAGAUCAAUUGGGCAGCAUUGCUGAUAGGACCCUUGUUGAAGCAGAUUGCAAUGAAGAUGGGAGCAUCUGCUUCGAUGAAUUCGUCAAGAUCAUGUCCAAAGUCGACGUUGAACAGAAGAUGAGCUUGAAGUUUCUCGAUUGA